AGGGGCCCGGGCCUGGGCCUGGCCUUGUGGAGGGGGCAGCAGGCUGGGAAGCUGCGGGGCCCAUCAGGCCUCAUCGGCUGCUCCCUGUUCCCUGGUUCUGCUGUAAUGUUUGGCUGUGUCUCGUCUCUCUUCCAGUAUCAGGUGGGGCAGCUGUACUCAGUGGCCGAAGCCAGCAAGAACGAGACUGGAGGUGGUGAAGGGGUGGAGGUCCUGGUGAACGAGCCCUAUGAGCGCGAUGGGGAGCGGGGGCAGUACACGCACAAGAUCUACCACCUGCAAAGCAAAGUCCCCCCCUUUGUGAAAAUGCUGGCUCCCGAGGGGGCGCUCAACAUCCAUGAGAAGGCAUGGAACGCGUACCCGUUUUGUCGGACGGUUAUUACAAACGAGUACAUGAAGGACGACUUUUUGAUCAAGAUUGAGACCUGGCACAAGGCGGACCUGGGCACGCAGGAGAACGUUCAUAAAUUGGACCCCAAUGAAUGGAAGAACGUUGAAGCCAUUUAUAUCGACAUUGCGGACCGGAGCCAAGUGAUAGCAAGGGAUUACAAGCCAGAGGAAGACCCGGCAAAGUUUAAGUCAGUCAAGACGGGCCGCGGCCCCCUGGGCCCCAACUGGAAGAAGGAGCUGGGCAAGCAGGCCAGCUGCCCGUACAUGUGUGCCUACAAGCUGGUCACGGUCAAAUUCAAGUGGUGGGGCCUGCAGAACAAAGUUGAGAACUUUAUACAGAAGCAAGAGAGGCGGCUGUUUACGAAUUUCCACCGGCAGCUUUUCUGCUGGCUUGAUAAAUGGGUCGACCUGACGAUGGAGGACAUUCGCAGGAUGGAGGAUGAGACUAAGAGGCAGCUGGAUGAGAUGAGAGAGAAGGAUCCCUUGAAAGGAACAUCAGCUGCAGAUGACUAGCAUGGAUCCCUCUUUGUGCACGCUUGCAAACCAGCCAGCAGGAAGGCCCAGGAGCUCCACCCUCCCGCCCAGUGGACCAUCUCUGGAUCACGUCCUCCUCUCUCCGAGUCAGCAGGCUACUUCCAGCCUCCCCUCGCUAACUCUAGUUGCCCCCAAUAUUGUGAGCAAAUAGACAGUCCUGAGCGCUCUGCUUGGCACCUGGGCAGGCAGCGGCUCCUCCGGGACGUGGCAUCUGCGGCUCUGCCACCUUCCCCAAAGAGUGUCCGGACCCUCCCACCUGACUCUUUGGUUUCCAAGUGGCAGUUUUAGCUGAACUAGUUUUGUGAUGUGGUGAUUUAGGUUUCAUAUGUGUCUAUAUCUAUCUAUUUUCCCCUUUUAAACACUGGGAUAAACUGCUGCCUUUGUUCUCUCCAGCUCCUCACUUUUUGUCUGUUUGUGGAGAGGGGAACUCAGUAUUAGGGUACACAGACCGCUGUUCUCAUGCCGGGGCGAUCCUUUGGCACUCUGAGUGACGGCGGUGGGCAGGUGGGCAGGGUCCCGAGCCCGGUGCUGCUGCUCUUGCACUGUGCUUGGAGCACCACAGCGGUCUCUGCUCCUCCCCUGGCUUCCUUGCUGUCGAGCCGGCGGUGUAGUUUGGGGCCCGCCUUCUCCGAUGAGCACUGCUGCUUCUGGGGUUGUGGGUGCUGGUUGCGGCGAGCGACGGCACUGACCCCUUAGAACCAUAGCGGACAUAGUCCUUAGAGUCCGCCUCCUUGUUUUUUUACGCUGGACGGGCUCUCGCCGGGUCACCAAACAAUGGCACGGGUGGGAUUUGGGUAUUCCAUUUUGUUGUGCUCAGGUGCUGCUGUGUUGGGCGUUCGGGCUGCUUUGGAGCAAUAAGGCUGGCAGCCCUGGGUGGGGACGGGGACGGGGACGGGUGGGGGGGGUUGCUGCUUUGGUCAUUGAGAGCGGCAGGUCCAGCGGGUGUCUGCUAGACCGGUGGACCUUCCCCAUCUGAGCUGCUAAAAGCCAGGCAUGGCUCUCCUGGGAGCCGUUCUCUGCUGUAGACAAUCAAGUGAGCAGGAUGGGGCUGAGGACACUGCUGGGAGCGGCGGGGGCUGCCUAGCCGUGGGGUGGCACCUUCCAAAGCCGCAGGCUGCAGGGACUCCGCAUCUCUCCCCCUCCAAGCAGGUGGCCGUUCUCAAGGCAGGACUGCCUCCUGGAAGGGGAGAGGGGCCAAGCCUGUCCUGAGGGUGGAAUACAGACCGGAAACUUGGCUUUGGGAGCAGGAGGUGGCUUUGCCCCUGAAGGGAGGCAGUUUAUCCUUGUUAUCCUAUCAUUUUGUUUAUUUUUGCCUUACUGAUGUCCAAGUGCAAUAAGUGAACUUGUUCUAUCCUGGUAGCUGUCUCUCUCCGGGCAGAUGCUUUCUGAAUGACCUUGGAAGGCUCUCUUUUGUUGUUUUGCAGGGGAACUUGGGUUUUAGUAGCCUCAUCAAGCAGGAAUGGAUCCUUUUCUGUUGAGAGAGAACCCCCAGCAAUCGAGGCAAAGUCCUUUGGGACCAGGAGUAGCUUGAGUUACUCCUUUAUUACUACCCCCAGAACAAGCAGGCCUGUUUAAUCUUCCAGUAAUUCCAGGGAUGGGGGAGAAGAAAACCCUGCUUAAUUGGCAGUUAAAACAAUGAACUUUUUCUGGGGAGGGUCAAUAAAACAUAAGCGGAUUCUUACGCUUGAAUGUGUUACUGUUUUCAAGGCUGCUGUUAUAUCACUUCUGCUGCAGAAGGAUUUGUGUUUUCGCCGAGAGGCUUUCUAGCUGUUAACACCAUAUCUCUAUGGAAACAGAUGGUGACAUUUUCAGGGGCAAGAGAGAAUAAUGAGAAAGGCCUAGUAUGGAGCUGUGAGCGCGCUUCUCAAAACACAAAGCUUUCCUGCCUGAGCAGUGAGAGCAGGCAAAGUGCAACUAACUUCUGUCUGUGUGUUAUUUGUUCUGUCCUUUACGUAUAUCUGGAAUUCUGCCCCCAAGCCCGGAGCUGCUGCUGAGGCAUCCACGGAGCCUCUGCUUCCCCAGCGGCACCCGGGACUGACCUCUCUGUUCCUGCUGGGAGGAGGAGGAGAGCAGGGUGAUGCCGACAGGUGGUGUGGCACGGGCACGAUAUAGUGUGGUGCGUUCCAGAACCCCCAAACCUGUUCGCUUCUGGGUCAGAGUGGUGCUUACAGUACUGAGACGCUCCCUCCGGGGCUGCCCUGCUUGGGUCUCCCAUCAACAGCAGCUCCGGUGGGGGGAGAGAAGCCCCCUUCCCAGCAUGUUUUUGCCUUCUGGGCUCAUCCUUUGCCGGUCCCUGCAGGGAUGCCCUGACCGGUUUUAAUUGGUUUCCUUGUGCUAUUCCUUUUUACGGCAUACACUUUGUAGAAUUGAUUAGAUUAUCUCAUUGUUUCUUUAAUGUGAGUUUGUGCCUUUUUUGUCUCCCAGUCUUCCAAUACAGGCAUAUUGGAAACAACUCUAAUAAAAUCAUAGACAGAGUA